UUUGGAGGCAUGCAGAGCGUCUUCUACUGCCAACUUCGCGUCCUCUGGGGCGUGGCGAUCGCAGGCUGCGUCCUCAUGCUCUUUGUGCGCACCAACUCCAAAGACCGGUUCUUCCGCGGCUACCAGCUCACCAUCUGGAACAAGGUGUGGAUCCAGUGGCCGCUGCCAUCGACGGCAACGUCGGUGAGCCAUGACAACGACAUGGUGCUGCUCUCGCCUGACAACAGCCCGAUUUUCCUCUGGACGUCCGACGCCGAGAUGAGUCAGCACCGUGACCGAAGCGCGACCCCGUCCCUUUCUGUGUAACGAUAGCCAUAAUAU